AUGGCCGCGACUAGCUUCUACGGUGACGGGGUUUGGCACAACGAUGUUUCGGGCGCGGCAACCAACACUGGCGGCGAGCCGGCGGCUGCGACGGAGCAUCAAGAUGACGAAGAUGACUGGCAGAAGGACGACCAGUCGCGUGGGUGGCAAGACUGGGACGCAGAUGACCAAGAUGGAGAAUGGGUAUGGCGACCCAGCGGUCGUGACGCCCGAUGGCACGAUGCUGCCCGAUGGAGUCGCAACGACUCAUGGGGAAGACGCGGAAGCUGGGGAGGUUCAUGGACGAGCACCUCGGCGGGAACGCGGGACCACGAACGAGGCGAUUCACGACGAGAUCAAGGCAGAGACGCCGACGACCAUCCUUCUCACGGAAGCGAAGAUGGCAGCGAUCAGCGACCCCCUCAGCCGCAUGAUCAGGGAACGGCGGGUGGACGCGGACCUUCCGAAAAGUUGAUCGUGCCCGGCUUCAGUGGAGAAGGCGACGGUGAUGAUUUGGGAAGCUCAGCGAGAUCCUACCUGCGUCAGGUGCUUGCAUGGCAGCGUAUGACAAAGCUCGCUAAGGAACAGCAGGCUUUGGUGCUGUACCAGCAUCUGAGCGGACCCGCUUGGGUGGAAGCGGAGAGGCUCGAGGUCGAUCGCCUUGCUUCGCCCAGCGGGAUGGAGUAUUUCACCCAAUGGGUGAAAGAUCGGUACCUGGACGUGCAGGUGACGCAAGUCGGGAGGAGCCUCUCGGAGUUCUUCAGGAGACUGAAGAAAAAGCCCUCCCAGAGCAUCCGGGACUACUGCGGCGAGUUCGACAGAGCGUACGCUAGGCUACUUGAAUGUGGAUGUCGGUUACCAGAUAUAGCCUGCGCCUGGGUGUUUGUGGACCGAAUGGGCCUCGACGAGGCCUCGGAGUUGAACCUCUUGGCUAGCGUGGGGAAUGUGUACGACUUGAAGAUGUUGCAGCGUGCUGCGAUUGUGCAGGACAGGGCCCUGCGCAAGCCUUGGGAGACAAACCCCGCCGCCCGGGGUAACAAAGGGGGCUGGUGGAAGCGCAACCUCAACACAGCGAAUGUGGCCGACUACGAGAACGAGGAUGAGGGCAACGAGACCGCCGCCGAUGAGGACGACGCAGUGCCGGAGGACGUCGCGGAGGAGCUCUACGAGACGUAUAUGACUCAUGAGUCGGCGAAGCAAAAGUAUCGCGAAAGCUCGCGAAUGCGAGGAUCGGAUCCGGAGGCCAUCAAGAAGGUUGCGGCGGAGAAGUUGCGCUUGGUGAAAGCGCGAUCCUUUUGCGCAGGGUGCAAGAGGCGAGGGCACUGGCAUAAGGACCCGGAGUGCCCCUUAAACCAAGGGCGCACUCGCGAAGGGACUGGCGGCACAGGCUCUCCAACCAAACCCGCGCCUGGUUCAGGACAAGGCAAUGCCGCUACGAAGAACAAUGGCCCUCGCGACAACUUCCCGUGCCACGUCGUGCACGUCACCUGGGACAUCGAGCAGGACAAGGGGAGCAGCUUCCAGGCGAUUACCGAUACGGCCUGUUCUAAGACGGUUGCAGGGGCCCCCUGGAUGGAUGCCUACUUUGUUGCUGCUAAGAAGGCCGGGUUUGAGCCGGAGAUCCUCAACACCCGGGACGCUUUCCGUUUUGGGGCCUCUAAGGUGUUCGAGUCGGCGUACGCCGUUGUGGUUUCUUUUGGUUUGGGGAAUGCCUUGGUGAAGAUCCGCGUAUGUGUUGUGAAUGGAGAUGUGCCUCUCCUGCUCAGCAGGACCGUCCUCGGCGAGCUCGGCAUGAUCUUGGACGUCGCUAACAAUCAGGCAGAUUUCCGCAGUGUCGGGGUCGAAGGCCUCAAGCUUGAUGUCACUGAGACGGGGCACCCUGCACUCACUGUGCGCCCUGAACAGUUUUGUGGCAAAGCGUCCACUCAACCGGAGUGGAAGGCAGCCGAGAUCCAGAUCAUCUCGAGGCGUCCGCAAUACACGGUCUUUGCAGCCGAGUGCAUGAGUUCGGAUCCUAGCCCUGCACAGGAACGAGUUGACGUAGAAGUCCAGUCUGCAGCAGCCUAUGGAAGCCCAUGCAUCCCUGCGAUCCUUUACCUCUGUGCGGUGAAAAUGGCUCCGAAGAGGACCCUGUUGACCGCGCCGAUGGUGACGCGCCCGAAAGGGCUUUGGGAGUUCACGAAGGACGAGUUGUUGACGGAGGCCCAAGCGCGAGGAUUGUGGGUGAACCCACGAUGGACAGUCCCGGAGAUCCGCGACAUGAUCAAGGACGACCUGGAGAACGAGGCCACUACCAGUUCAGCAACGUCGGGAGAGCUCCCUCCCGGAGUGUCGAAGAUGACCCUGGCUCAGCUCAUCACGAUGGCCGAGGACCUCAACGUGAAGGUUCCACCGGGAACAACGAAGGGAGGCGUGCUACGCCUCAUCCGGGACCAAGCCGGAGGGGGCCAACAACUGGUGAUGACCUUCGGACGUCACCGAGGAUGCCUGUUCACGGAGACGCCCCUCUCUUACAGGCGUUGGGCAAUCUCGGAGGCCGCAUCGAGCAAGACGGCGUCGGAGGACUUGGUGGCCUACGCGAGUUGGUGCAAGAAGAAUCUGGAGAAGUCGACUCAGCCCAGGCGCUACGUGGCCGAGGACGACCCAGAGCUGAACGCCACGACACCAUAUGUUCCCGAGGACUCCGAGGCCCUGAGCUGGGUACUGAUGCCCAAGGACAACACCACCGGCACGAGGCCCACGACCACUCCCAGGCCAAGGCCGGGGGAGGCUACCGUCGUCCACUGCCGACCUCCUCUGCGAGCAGCGAGUUUGGUUCCAGGCCAGAGAAAUGGACGCGGAAGUGAUGGACGAGAUCCAACACCUGGAGACCAGGCUUGCGGUGAUCCGAGAUCGACAUGGUUCGAGAUGAUCUUCGAAGCGUUUUGGGAAAGCCCCUGGAGAUCCUCCGAGGCCUUUGGCACAAUCCUCUCCAUGAUCCACAACGAGAAGGUCGAGGCGAUCUACUACGAGAUCUACUACGAGGAAGUCCUGAUGUUCCACCGCAUGGAGACGAAGGCGAUCUACCGCGUGAUCUACUACAAGGAAGGCCUAAUGUUCGACCACAUGGAGACGGAGGCGAUCUACCACGUGAUCUACUACAAGGAAGUCCCGAGGUCCCGCCACCUGGAGAUGAAGGCGAUCUACCGCGCGAUCUACUACAAGGAAGUUCUACUGUCCGACCACACGGAGACGGAGGCGAUCUACCACGUGAUCUACUACAAGGAAGUCCUGAUGUUCGACCACAUGGAGACGGAGGCGAUCUACCACGUGAUCUACUACAAGGAAGUCCCGUUGUUCUACCACCGCAUGGAGACGAAGGCGAUCUACCGCGCGAUCUACUACAAGGAAGUCCUGAUGCGCUACCGCAAGGAGACGGAGGCGAUCUACCACGAGGAGACGGAGGCGAUCUACCACGUGAUCUACUACGAGGAAGACCGUCUGGCCUGGAUUCCCGGUGAUCCCAACCUCCUCGAUGAGUACCAAGAGUGCCUAUUUUCCUCAGACCACAUAUCCGAAGUUGAGUCGUGCGCCCAGAAGAAGCUCAAGCACAAGGCCUUCAACGACGAAGACCUGUUGGAGGUGGUGACUACGCUUGACCUACGCCAGCGACAACGUCACCGGCAGAUCUACGGCGGCAAGGAGGUGAAGGUCGAGGGCGUCCUCGGUGGGCUCUGGACCCACGGUGCUAUGUCGGGCCUCAGCAAGUUCAGCGAGGAGCUUCCCUCCUUUGUGAGUUACGUCAAUGCCUACGUUCGUGAGCGGACCGGAGAUGAUUACGGAUGGUGUUCUUUCGCCCUCAACAAGAAUGUGGCCACCGAGGUACACUGCGACCACCACAACCUCAACGGCGUCCUCAAUGUGACAAUGUCCUUCGGGGACUUCUCCGGUGGCGAGCUCUGGAUACACGACGAGGAUGUUCGUCCAGAGGAGUGUGUGGAGAGGCGUGAUCCUACCGGAAAGGUCCUUCGCGGAAGGAUUGUUGAUACAAGGUGGAAGCCCUACUUCUUUGACUCCAAGGUCAAGCACGCCACUCAACCUUGGAGUGGCGACCGAUGGUGCCUCACCUGCUUCACCACCCGUGGAUUCAAGGAAGCUACUACCCAACAAUGCGAUCAACUUCGAGCUCUACGUUUUCCAUUGAGAAAGCUGCAGCGGCUUCGCGCCGUACUGGAGAAGAACCGACCUAAGAAGAGCUCGAGAAGGAAGCUCUGGCAGAAUGUCAAACGCAUGGCCGCGUUGGCGACUUGGUCCUCGAUGGCUACUGCGAGCUACCUCCUGCCCGAAUACCCAUCGGGCCGGGGCAAGGAUUCGGUGGCACUCCUCGAGAUCGGAGGGGAUUCGAAGACUUUGGAGUUGGGCGAGCUCAACUUCUUCACCGCCGAGCCCCUGAUCGACGAGGACCUCAACGACCCUGCCGUGUGGAACGACGUCUAUGAGACCAUCGUUGAGCUCAAGCCCGGCACGGUUUGGAUCCACAGCUGCCAUGUCUCCGACCACAUCCCGAGCGUUUUCGAGUUGCUUUCUGAGCAGAUCGCCCAAGGGAGACAGGUUGUUUUCCAAUCACGAACCGGGGCCACGGAGAUGCUCGAGAGUUCAGUUUUCAAGUCAGCCCUCAAAGAGCUAGAGGACGUGAAGCAUGAAACAAAAGGGGACUCCUACUACGUGAAGAUCAACUGUGGUCACACUUUGCUCCCUCCAGUCGAGGAAGAGUGGGGACCGAGAACCCUACAAACCUACCUGUGUCGGCGUGAGGAGGCUGAGAAGGAGGCGGUCAACGACACAGUUUUCGCCGUUGAUGAACCGAUCGGAAGCCCGGAACCCAAGCACAACGGGAGCUCAGCUAUCUCUUUCACUCCGGGCCCCACCAUCAAGCCGGAAGUACGAAGUUCUCUGAAGCGGCUUCAUCAGAAUUUGGGACACAUCGGCUAUGAGGACCUCGGGAGGCAUCUACGUUUAGCGGGAGCAGGACCCGAAGUGGUGGCAGCCGCCAAGCGCCUACGCUGCGAGGUGUGCGCGAGGAACAAACGGGGGCAAAGUGCACGCCCCUCUGCUGCUCCAACGCUCCUCGACUUCAAUCAGGUUGUCGGGGUUGAUGCUUUCUCGGCCUACGAUGCCUGGGGAAAGAGACACGAGUUCAUGAUGAUGAUCGACUACGGGACAUCCUUUCAAGUAGUGGUGCCAUUGCGCGGCCACAGCACCGAAGCCAUGGAACAGGAUUUCUGUGAAGGAUGGAGUCACGUGUUUGGGCCCGCUGGGACGAUCGCGGUGGAUCUGGAGACAGGUCUUCAAGCCGGGCUCGCGCGCUACAGUGAGUUCUAUGGGGUGAAGAUGAGGUCGGCCGCCGGGCAGGCGCACUGGCAGCAAGGCACCGUGGAGCGACAUAUCCGAGUGUGGAAGGAAAUCUGGGACCGGAUCGUCGACGACCACUCUGUCGGCAGCGACGAUAUCCACCUCGCCACCACUGCAGUGAACAGCGCGAUGAACGAGCUGCGAAGGAAGAAUGGAUUCAGCCCAAGUCAGGCUGUCUGGGGGAAAGAUCCGGAAGUUCCUGGAGAACUUCUCUCCGGGAGAGACCCGGAACAGUUCGAGCACAUCAUCACCCACGACCGCCAACGGGCCAAGGAACAUGCUCUAAGGACUGCCGCCAAGGAGACGUACUUUCGCUGUCAGGCGGACGCCAAACUGCGACGAGCCCUCCUCCAGAGAAGCCGUGUCAGUGGACCCGACCUUGAAGUCGGGGACCUGGUCUACUUCUACCGCAAGGCGAAGAACCAGAAGUUCUGGCGUUGGUUGGGGCCAGCCACCGUGAUAGGGCACGAGGGCUCGAACAUAUGGCUCUCCCGUGGAGGACGUUGUCACCUUACAGCGCCGGAGCACAUCCGGCGGGCAACGAGCGAAGAGAUCGGCGAGACUUUCACGCUGAAGUCAACGCAGGAAGAUUUGGAGAAGCUCUUGGAAGUGAACCCCGACGAUGUCCUGUUCGAAGGAGACGAUGUCGAGGAGGACCCAGUCCUCUUCCCAGGAGAUGACGGAGAUGCGAUUGAGGUUGACGAAGGCGGUCGGGUGCGCGACAGCCAACAUCUCCCUCUCUUUGGACCGGUAGCCAAACGCUAUCGGAUGAAGGGCCCUCAGGAUCCAGAUGGCCGUGUUCCUCCCCAAGCUCUUCCCGACCAUGAUCCCGAUCUCGACGACAUCCUUGAGGAGAUGUCUCUUCCUGACGGGCAACCUGACGAAGCUAUGAUGUUGAAGAGGGCAAAGACGGCGAGGGGACGAGAGAAACAGCUCGAAAAAGAGCUGCCAUGGAACCUCAUACCCCAGGAGCAACACGAAGCCUUCAAGGGUGCGGAGCAGAAACAGUACAUGGAGCACAUCGAGCACGAGGCCUUGGAACCCCUUAGCGUCGAAGAGAGCCUCCGCAUCAUGGACGAGAAGAGGGACCGGGUGCUACAGUCACGAUUUGCGUAUCGUGACAAGUCCUACGCGAAACGCCGGAAGGAUCCGGACGUGCCCUGGCGCCACAAGGCAAGGUUGGUCAUCGGAGGACACAUGGAUCCAGACAUCGCCCACGGCCUCCAGACUACUGCUCCGACGGUUUCCAGACAAUCUGUCAUGCUCCUGAUGCAGAUCUUGGCCUCACGCUUGGCCGAUGGAUGGAAGGCCUACGCCGGCGACAUCACCGCCGCUUUUCUCAACGGAGGUCCGCUGGAACCAGAGCUCUACCUGAAGCAGCCGCGCACCGGACUGGGCAACCUACACCCGGCCCAACUGCUCCGAAUCAAGAAGGGAAUCUUCGGCCUCGUGGACUCACCCCACAGUUGGUGGGAACGGUUUAAGGGCGACGUGACCACCCUCAAACCGGUCCUCGAGGAUGGGACUGAAUGUGUGAUCGAGCAGUGCCCGCUGGAUCCCUGCGUGUUCUUCGUGAAGAAGGUGAUCGAAGGUUCCCACUCCGAGCCCAUUGCCUACAUCGCGGUCCAUGUGGAUGACGUCUUGCUUGUCGGAGGACCAGGAGUGUGCCAAAGCGUGAAAGAUCUACUUUCCAAGGCUUUUCCCAUCGACGGAUGGGAGACGGAUGCUUUCGAGUACAUUGGAUCCUUCAUCGAGUUCGACGACAAGGCCGUGAAGGUGUCGCAGGAAUCCUAUGUGGAAUCCCGACUGUUCCAGGUCGAUGUCCAGGCCUCCCAAAGAGACGAAGAGCUGGCUACUGACGAGCAGCUCGCUGACAACAGGAGCCUGAUUGGCGCCCUAUCGUGGCUAGCGGGACAAUCACGUCCCGAUCUACAAGCCAGCGUGUCAAUGUGUCAGCAGCUGCAAAAGUGUCCCACUGUUGGGGACGUGCGCUUCACGAACUUGGUCGCACGCCGGGCGUACGAGCACAAGAAGGAGGGGGUCUACUUCCACCCCAUCGACCUCGAUAAGGCCGUUUUGUUGUGCUACCACGACGCCGGAUGGGCCAACGCACCACAAGAUGAGGACGACCCCGUCUAUCAGCUCACCAAGGAGGAGAACGAGGACGGAGUGUUCAAGGAAGGACCCUUCCUCAACAAACCGAGGAAAACCAAGCGGAACAACUCCCGAAUAGCCUCCCAGCUCGGGUGCAUCUACGUGCUAGCGAACGAGGGUAUCCUCCAAGGCCAGAAGUGCUACCUGAGUGUCCUCGACUGGAAAAGUGGAGCCUGUGAGCGUGUUUGCCGUUCCACUUUCGCUGCGGAGACGAUGGCGUGUUGUAUGGCAGUGGAAGGCGGCGACUACCUCGAGAAGUUCCUGGAGACGCUCUUGCGCGGCUCCCUCCAGCGGAAGACUACGGGGAACAUCAAGCUGAGGUUCCUGAGUGACUGUAGGUCUUUGUACGAUCACCUCACGAGGGAGGGCAUACCGCGCAUCCCGUGUGAUCGUAGGCUAGCGAUAGACCUGGCUGCGGUGCGACAGGACAUCAAGCCCUUAGGUCGACUCGCUUGGGUACCCACCACCAGACAGUUGGCCGAUGUGCUAACUAAGCCUAUGAAGGGCCAUGACUGGUGGAGUAUGAUUACCUCCCCCUUCGACCUGACUUUCAGGGAGGAGGAAGUUUCGAAUCAGUGUAAAUCAAUUAGUUCGUGCUGA